GAAGAAGCACACUCCAUACCAGUUAGUGGCGGUAAUGCUACUAAAAGUUUGUUGCCAACCGCCAAUAAAUCGAAGAAGAAGAAGCAAAAACUGCAACUCCGCUGGAUAGUAUUGUAUCGGCAGAUUCGUUUUAAAGCAUCUGUUGAUCAGGUACUGUCAAUACCUCGCCUGGAUCAGUUCACACAUCUUCUGCUUGAGGUAACUCCAAAGGUUCUUAAUAGGGGUGAGGUCAGAGGUCAGAGGAGGAUGGUGACCACACCAUGAGUUUCUCCCCUUUUAUGCCGGUGUCAGCCAAUGACACAGUGGUAUUCCUCAUAGCAUGAGAUGGUGCAUUGUCAUGCAUGAAGAUGAUUUUGCUACUGAAGCAUGACUCCACCUCCUCCUUGAUGACAUCACAGCCAUGUUGGGAUGUGGUGGCCGUCCACCACCAGUCCACUACUGCGUCUAUCUGGACCAUCCAGGGUUGCACAGCAGUCAUCAGUGAACAAGUCUGUUUGAAAAUGAAUCUUCAUACUUCAGCUAUGCUGACAUGUGAAAUCUGUGGUGAGGAGAUAUUGUUGGAGGAAGACAUGAAGUCACAUCUCUUUCUUUGCCACAUAGAAGAUGAUCUGCACUUUCCCCUCCGUACUCUGUCAGGAGUUGAUGAUGCUGAAGUCUGUUACCACAUUACAUCUGCACAUCCUAGAGAGCAGCAAAGAAUCCAAGACCCCACUCACCACCCAUGUGGUUCAGCUUUACCUGACAGGACAGAAACAAUUAGAAGUGAAGGCCAGGAGUCCCAAACCUGUCAGUCCAUAGGAGCUGUUGAUCAAGCAGGACAGCUUACAUCUAACUUUGCCUCUGCUGUUAACACAGAGCAUCAGUGUUCAUCACCUGGAGACUAUGCAAACUCCACUGCAGCCUCAAAAACACAGGUUGAUAAAAUCUCAGACCAAAAUAAUGCAAAUGUCCUGAAAGAUGAACUUCACCAAACCCAACCUUUAUUAGCAGAGAAGCUGUUCUCCUGCCCCAUGUGUCCACUGGUCUACAGUUGCGACUUCCUCCUGCAGGAACAUGUUGAGCUGCAUCUUUUGGAACAGCACUCAGGAGAGAGGUCAUUCCAGUGCCCAAUAUGCUUAGCUGUCUACAGCAACAGCUUCUGUCUGCAGGAACAUGUAGAACUGCACUUUGACCAUGAACUGUUCAUGGACCAAUCAGGAAGUCUUAACUGUGACCUAAUGCUGGCAAAAGAGCUUCAACAUGAAGAGGAGCUAAAGAGAAAGCGAGAGGAGGCCCAACUGGAGAGAGAGGAGUUCAAGAAGCUGCAGAGGCAGUUUGGCUUGGAUGGCAGAGGAGGUUACCGACGGCAGAUGGAGAGGAGCUUGGAGAGAGCUGUGGUUAGUGGCCAUCUGCCACCAGUCGAUUUUCACCUGAAGAAAGCUGAUAUGAUGGAGUCUCUGGCCUCAGGGGUUGAUGAUGGCUCAAGCAGAACCCAGGGGGUCAUCAGGGCAUUGGAAGAUUACUACCAGACUGAAUGCAGAGACAGUGUUCAUGUGUGGCUGGCUGUUGACACUGACCACUACAGCUCAUCUGCAGGCGAUAAGGGCUGGGGUUGUGGAUACAGAAAUUUCCAGAUGCUCCUUUCAUCCCUGUACAGAAUAGACACAUAUUCUUCAGUUCUACAAGAAAAGACAAUACCUUGUAUUCCCCGGGUGCAGAGAAUGAUUGAAGAAGCCUGGAAGGAAGGGCUUGAUCCCCAAGGAGCCUCACACUUCAGUAACGGGUUGCAGAGAACACAGGCUUGGAUUGGAGCCACAGAGAUAUACGUCCUCCUCACCUCACUUGGAAUCAGUGCUUGCAUCAUAGAUUUCCACCAGCCAACUGGCAGCAAGAACACUCAUCCCCAUUUGUUUGACUGGGUCAAGCAGUACUUUUGUCAGUCCAGUAAGAGCAGCAUUCUGUCCCCCGGACUCAUCCUGACCAACCUACCCCCACUUUACCUACAACAUCAAGAAACUGCGCAGCAGCUGAUCUCCACCUUGCAGCGGGAGGAAAGCAGGUGGCACAGACGGUGCAGAUGUUGGUAAACUGCAGACCAUCGUGGUUCUUCCUGCAGCCUCUGAGUUGUAGGAUGUCUCAUCCGUGUCCGUCCUCCUGACUGCCAGUCGGUGUUUUACCUUCAGGACGUCCAGAGACCUUCACCUUUCUGGAGCAGCAAUCACAGGACCCCAAUGUGCUAUUGAAACAUUUCCAAUUAAAAAAAAUGUGGCUGAUGUUCUGACAGAGUUGAAGUGUUUAACAAUCUGUUGUUUUUAACUUCAAUUUGAUCAAGUUAUACUGACAACAAAUAAAGCUGUAUUCCUUCUAAUCUGACUUGUUCUAAUUUUAAUCAAACCUUCCAUGUUUUUACAUUAUGGGUUAGGGUUAACCCUAACUCUACACUAACUUGUUCCACUAGUGAACUAAGGAUAUCUUUGCACCUAAAGAGAAGUGAUGUAGAGUCAAUGCACAGCUUCAGUUAUUAGCUGGAAACCAGAAAUCAGAUCCGAAAUCUGGGUGUAGUGAUGAACUCUGACCUCAACAUUCAGAACCACAUAAAGAUAGUUGCAAUGUCGGCAUUCUAUCACCUGAAGAACAUCUGUAGGAUGAGAGGACUAAUGUCUCAGUGAGAUCUAGAGAAACUCAUCCAUGCGUUUGUCUUUAAACUUAUUGAUUUCCGCAACACCGUCUUCUCAGGUCUCCCCAAAAAAUCAAUCCUCCAGCUCCAUCUGACCCAGAACGCUGCUGGAAGUGUUUUACUAAAACCAGGAAGAAGGAGCACAUCACCCAGUUCUAAGGUCACUGGCUCCCUGUAGAUCAGAGAAUAAACUUUAAAACACUUAGUUUGCAAAUUACUGAACAGCUCAGCAGACCUGUUGUACCUUGCAGGCCACUAAGGUCUUCUGGUUCUAGUCUUCCCUUCAUUCUCAGAAGAGAACCAAACAUGGCGAAGCAAUAUUCGGCUUCUAAGGUCCUCUAAUCUGGAACAAACUUCAAGAAAAUUGCAAAACAGCUCAAACACAGAGUUCCUUUAGAUCACAGGAUUCAAACUCCAGUCCUGGAGGGCCGCUGUCCUGCAGUUUUUCCAUGUGCCACAGGUACAGAAUACUGGAAUGAAAUGGCUUCAUUACCUCCUCCUUGUGUGGAUCAGAUCUCCAGAGCCUUAAUGACCUAAUUAUUCUAUUCAGGUGGUGCAGCAGAGGCACAUUGGAAAGUUGCAGGACACCGGCCCUCCAGGACUGGAGUCUGACACCCCUGCUUUAGAUCACUGCCACUUGUUCAGUUACCUUCGAUUAAUAUAUGGAGAACAGAUUAAUUCUUGUCUGGACUACAGAUUUUCAUUACUUUAUCCUGGCACUGUAAAGUAAUGUCUUUUUUAUAAAUGGUGUGUUUUGUAAAGCACUUUGAAUUGCCUUGUUGUUGGAAAGUGCUGUAUUACUAGAUUUGACUUAUUACCCAGGACACAUGUAGAGUUUAUACCUAAAUAUCUUAGUAGAUUGCAUCAUCAUUUUCAUGUCCGUUUCUCCCUGGAAACUAGAGCUUAUAUUCACUGUGUACAGUGUAGUCAUCAAAUGUUCCCAGAGGUCAUUCAGUUUUUUUUUCAUGGCUUUUAAUCUUGUAUGAUGUGAUGUGCACGUCUCUUGAAUAUGUGCUAUACUGCAUACUCUCUGUUCAUAUUGCAGUUUAGAAAUCUCAGUUUCCCAGCAUGUGGCACAUUUGAAUCCGUGUCCUCUCCUUUAGGUCACAGCCGAACAGUCGUGGGUUUGGAACAGAGGAAGAAUGGCAGCCUGUGCCUCCUGCUUUUGGAUCCUGGCUCUUCAUCAUCUGACACUAGAAAGCUGCUGAACAGGGACAC